AUGAUAGGCAGCUACGUUGUGAAACAGUUGAUACAGGAAGGAAAGUAUGAGGUUCACGGUCUUGUGCGAUACCGAUCUGACCUGUCAAAUUUGGCAGGCGAAUUGAACAACAUACAGCUCGUUCGUGGAGACAUUCUGGACGGAACUCGUGUCAAACAGGUGGUCGCAGAAAUCUGCCCAACAGUUAUUUUCCAUUUUGCUGCACAAGCAAUCAACGGGGUUUCAUAUGACUCCGCUGAGCUGACUUUAGAUACCAACAUCAAAGGCACCUUCAACAUGCUAGAAGCAGUGCGAUUUGCAGGACUCUCCAACAAAACGCGCUUUCUGCUGGCUGGUUCAAGCACAGAAUAUGGAAAAACUGCUGAUACGUGGGAAGGGGCCAUACCUGAAGAAGCACCAUUGGCGCCCGUGUCUCCUUAUGGAGUAAGCAAGGUUGCAGCAGACCUACUUGCUCAGCAAUAUGUGCACAGCCACGGCAUGCACGUCGUCACCGCUCGAUUUUUUAUCCAAGUUUCAGCGGGUGGGACUGAGAGUCUCGCACCUCAAGAGUUUUGUCGGCAGAUAGCAAUGAUCGAGCUCGGAUUGCAAAGCCCAGUGGUGAGACAUGGGCGCAUUACCACAAAAAGGGACAUAACUGACCUCCGCGAUUCUGCACGAGUGGUAACGAAACUUGUAGACCUUGGAGAGCCUGGAGAGUCGUACAACAUCGGUAGUGGCAUCGCACUUUCAAUGAAGGACAUCCUAGACACAGCGAUUUCACUGUCAACAAGACCAGACAUCACGACGCUGUUUGAUGGUGCACGUGAGCGGCUUUACGAUGAGAAGAUACUUUUGUCAGAUAAUAGGAAAAUACGAGAGCUGACGGGGUGGAUUCCUGACCCAAACAUCACAAACACAAUUGCCGAUAUCUUGAAGCACUGGAGAAGAAAAACGCGUACCUUGUUUCCAGAGUGA